GGCCCCAGAGAGAAUCAGCCAAGUACAACGAUGUUGAAGGUGCCGGUUCUGCUCUGCAUCUUGGGAAGCGCAUCGCUCUGGGUCCUGGCGGAAGGAGCCAGCACAGCCCGACCGGAAGAUGACAUAAUAACCCCAGGUAUGGAAGAUGGCAUAGUGACCCCUGGUGUGGAAGAUAACAUAGUGACCUUGGGUCCCAGUGAAAAGCCCCAUGAGUCCACUGACUUGGCAACUCUGGUGCCAGCAAGUACAGAGAGUACAACACACAGGCACAUCGAGGACCUGCCGACCCACGAAAGCACAGGCUACGACCGAGAAAAAAGCCAGAGCACCACAGCCCCAGAUGUGGUGACUGGUCACUCCGUGGAGAAAACGGAUGGAGAAACACACACAACAGUUGAGAAAGAUGGUUUGGCAACAGCGACCUUGAUUGGAACCAUAAUUGGGGUCUUAGUAUCCAUUUGUCUCAUUGGUGGGAUCAUCUUUGUGGUUGUGCGAAAAAUGUCAGGAAGGUACUCGUAAGUAAAUAACUUACACUGAUGUGUUAAGUAGCUUAAACCUUUAAACUAGUAGAAACCUCCAUAGGAAGGUCAUGUUAACAAGUCCCCUACCUCUGAAGUUUUCCCAGUAGAACAGAGGUCUCCUUGGGCAUGUAAGUUUCUAAGGAAGAAACUC